AUGCCGGAAUACUCGAGAGACCCAUGGCUUAUGGGUGGACGAUCCCAGGCCAUCUACUGCCAGCCUUACGUCUGGAUUGCUCAACACAGGGACACUGAACGUAGCACUGUAGGCCGAUCGAGUGCGGGUGCCGGUGCUAGCGUUGAGAGACAGCAUCUCGGCGCCGCCAAAGAUAUUCCGCCAAAGCAGCGAACCGUAAGCGGAACUUUCCCCAUCGCCAACGUCCGUACCGGUCUUCAGCUUGAAGCGGCCCAACUCGCGCACACGCAGGUCGACAUUGACGUCGGUGGGGAAGACGAAGGGUCGGUCGCCGGGUCCGCAGCUGAGAGCCAAACAUUUGGCUCGGGAUGA